AUGUUCCCGUAUAAAACUCAAAUGACUCAUCAACUGCUGCCUGCUGACCACCGAGCUCGUCUAGAUUACUGCCAGCGCGUCAUAAACCUCAACCUUGAAGAGGAUGAUUUUCCUUCAAAAUUGGUUAUGAGUGACGAAGCGCAUUUCCAUCUCUCAGGGCAUGUCAAUAAGCAGAAUACUCGGUUCUGGGGCACUGAUAAUCCGCGCAUUAUUCAAGAAACACCUCUACACCCACUAAAAGUUACUGUAUGGUGUGGCAUCUGUGUUGACAGAGUGAUCGGACCCUAUUUUUUCGAAGACGCUGGAGGCAAUGCGAUAACUGUCACUGGAGAACGCUACAGAACCAUGUUACGUGAGUUUUUGAUACCCAGUUUGGACGAAUUGGGGCUGGAGCACAUCUGGUUUCAACAAGACGGCGCUACGGCACACACAGCGCGCGACACUAUGGACUUAGUGAGGGACGCUUUUCCAAGCCGAGUUAUCUCUCGUUUUGGCGAUUUGCCUUGGCCUGCAAGAUCACCCGAUCUGACCAGUCCAGACUUCUUUCUUUGGGGUUUUUUGAAAUCUCGGGUGUAUGUGAACAAGCCACAGACUCUCGCAGCUCUAAAAGAAAACAUUCGUCAAGAAAUAACGAACAUAUCGCAGGAAGUGUUACGGCAAGUUAUGCAAAAUGUCAUAAAUAGGGCUCAAAUGUGUAUCAACUCUGGAGGUCACCAUUUAAAAGACAUCAUCUUUAAAUCCUAA